ACACAUGCGAACGCCAAACGCCAAACCGUACCACGCCAGAACAUAUAAAUUCCGUACUCCAAAGUGCAAUUGACUCAAACCAAAGCUGUGAUUUAAACAAUAUAGUCAUCAUGAACACAAAGGUCGUGCUUUUUAUGUGCUUUGUCACUUUGGUGACCGCAUCACCGAUCGCUCCAAUUUAUCCAGGAUACGGUUUUGCCGCACCUGCUGUUGUUCAUUCAGCUCCUGUUGUUCAUGCAGCUCCAUAUGCACCUGUUGUUGCACAUGCUCCACUUAUUGCCAAGCACGUCGUUCACGAGCCAGUCGAUCCAAACCCACACUAUAGCUUCAGCUAUGGAGUGAGCGACCCACACACAGGUGACAAUAAGCAUGCAUCAGAGACUUUGGUAAAUGGUGUUGUCCACGGCAGUUACUCGUUGACUGAACCCGAUGGUACAAUCCGCAAAGUGACUUACACAGCCGACGAUCACAACGGUUUCAACGCAGUUGUUGAGAAAGCUGGAGUUGCACAUCAUGCAGCACCCAUUGCACAUGCUGCACCAUAUAUUGCACACGCUCCAGCCGUUGUUGCGCAUGCGCCAGCCGUUCUAGCUGCUCCAGCUUAUCAUGGUCUUGGUUUAUAUCAUAAGUAAAAGAGACAAAAACUCAAAUCACCGCCGCAAAAUUAAUUCGGGAUAAGAAAGAAAGUUUAAAAGAAAAACCACGUUUUUAAUGCUUAAUAUUCUAUUUUCAAUGCCUUCAUUCUCAUUGUGCUAGGACUUUAAUUUAUUUCUCUUCUUUGUUAAGCAAUGUGACAAAAAAAAAAUUUCGAUUCGAUCACGGAGUGGUCUGUUGCGGCUGCGCUAGUGAUUCGAUCACUCUCUAUCAUCAAUUUUCUAUCUAUACUUUCAUCCAGCUUAAGAGAAAUAAGCGAAAAUUGGCAAAACAAUUUAGAAAAAACUAUGUCAAAAAGAAAUGAAAUCAAUAUCAUCUCAUGUGUAUUACUUUUAUGUACUAAACAAAAUGAACAAAAAAAAAUACAUCAACCAAAACACCUUCACUCUCAUCACACACGUUUUUCUAAUUUUGCUACUUUGUAUACGUUUAUAAUGCGCCAAUGAGCAAAAACACAACAAACACAAAAAAAUACAUCUUUCUUAAUUUAAAUGCAUUUAGCUGAAUAAAGGAAUGUCAGUAUUAAAAAAAAUUGAA